AUGCCUGCACGUAAGAGUGACGCCCGCAAGAGCGAUGUCUCGGUAGCAAGAUUUGUGCCAGUUGGAGGCGACACCGUCAUGGCCACCGACACACCAUCUACAGAACCAGCAGCCACACCAGCCGGCGCGGCUGAGUCGACCGGGCCACAGGACCUCACACUACCGAAAUCGAUCAUCACCCGCCUCGCGAAGGGGAUGCUACCGCCGAAUACACAGAUACAAGCGAACGCGAUCCUCGCCCUGACGAAGAGUGCGACAGUGUUUAUUAGCCACCUGGCUGACGCUGCGAACGAGUUCACGACAGGGGCGAACAGAAAGACUAUUACUCCCCACGACGUCUUCAAUGCGAUUGACGAGAUUGAAUAUGGCUUUAUGCGCGAGAAACUGGAAGCCGAGUUUGCGAAAUUCAACGAAGUCCAAACCUCCAAACGCUCCACCUACCGCAAAAAGGUAGCCGCAGCCAAGAAAGCCGCCAGCCAACCUAGCAGCAGCUCCGGCGUUGCAGCCGACGUUUCCAUGAUCAGCACCGCUUCAACCACCGCUGGCGGCGGCGACGAAGCCGGUGGUACUGGGUCAUCUGGUCAGGCGCGCGCAGCAAAGAAAGCAAGACUGGACCCUUCAGCAUCAUCGGCUGCCGCGGGUGGUGGGGGGGACGAUUCACGGAUGGAUGUGGACGAGGAGGUCUCGGAUGCGGAGACUGUGCCUGAGGAGCAGGAGGAAGGUGGGGAUGAGGAUGAGGACGAGGAGGAUGAUGAAGAAGAAGAGGAGGAUGAGGAGGAGGAUGAUGAGGAGGGAGGAGGAGAGGAUGGGGAUGAGUUGGAAGAGCGGGAGGCGAGGGAGGACGAGGAUGAGGCGCUGGAUGACGACAGUGAUUGA